AUGUUGUGUGAGUGGACCCCACACUAUUUUGUCCUGACCACUCUCAAGAUCUAUUACUCCGAGGGAGUCGUCCCACUUAACCAGACAGCAGAGGAAGAGGAAGAGGAUGUAAGGAAAAGAGUAGUCAAAGUCUCUUUGUCUCAGCAGGAGUGUAACAACAAUGACCAGCACUGUGCCGAGCGCUGGUUCCACGGGAAGUUGGGCGGCGGCAGAGACGGGCGACAAGUGGCUGAGAAGCUGCUGCAGGAUUACUGUGAGGGAGGAGGCAAAGACGGCACCUUCCUGGUCCGAGAGAGCGAGACCUUCGUGGGAGACUUCACUCUGUCAUUCUGGCGCUUGGGCCGUGUGCAGCACUGCAGGAUCCACUCUCGUCAGGAGUCUGGCUCCACACGUUUCUACCUCACAGACAACCUGGUGUUCGAGAGUCUGUACCGCCUCAUCUGCCACUACAGGGACACGCCGCUGCGCUGCAACGAGUUUGAGAUGAGGCUCGGAAACCCUGUGCCUCAGCCCAACGCCCACGAGAGCCGAGAGUGGUAUCACUCGAGCUUGUCCCGUAUCCAGGCGGAACACAUGCUGAUGCGCGUGCCCCGGGACGGAGCCUUCUUGGUGCGAAAACGCAGUGAAAUCAAUUCCUUUGCAAUCUCCUUCAGAGCGGAAGGUAAAAUCAAGCAUUGCCGGAUCCAACAGGAAGGUCGCCUCUUUAUGUUGGGCAGUUCAGCCGAGUUUGAGAGUCUCGUGGAUCUCGUGAGCUACUACGAGAAACACCCUCUGUACAGGAAGAUGAAGCUACGUUAUCCCAUCAAUGAAGACACACUGGACCGCAUGGGCACCACUGAACUAGAUUAUGGCGCGCUGUACGAAGUCAGAACUCCUCAUUUCUAUGUGGAAGCCAAUAAAAUGCUAAUGACUAGGUUUACAGUAAAAGCACAGUAUGACUACAGAGCGCAGCGAGAGGACGAGCUGUGCUUCCCCAAACAGGCCUUAAUCCUGAAUGUGGACAAGCAGGAGGGGGGUUGGUGGAGAGGAGACUAUGGGGGCAAAAAGCAGCUGUGGUUUCCAGCAAACUAUGUGGAAGAAGUGGCGAGUUCUCCGACCCGAGAGUUGGAUGAUGCAUCAACAGAAAACAGUCCUCUUGGAACGUUUCUCAAAGGUUUUAUAGAUGUGCCUACUUGCCAUGUUGUGGUGCACAAAGACGGGAAGAACAUGCGACCGUAUGUGUUCACCAUCCACUGGCAGCAGCUGUCCUCUCUCCCGGUGCAGACGCUGGACGUGGCGGCCGACACCAUGGACGAGCUCAGCAGCUGGGUCAGCCGCAUCCGAGAGGCCGCUCAGAACGCAGACGCUCGAAUGCAGGAGGAAAAACAGAUGGAGAGGAGAAAGAAGAUUGCAGUGGAGCUUUCAGACCUGGUGGUUUAUUGCAGACCAGUGCCGUUCAACGAAGACAAGAUUGGAACUGAAAGGGCUUGCUACAGGGACAUGUCCUCAUUCCCGGAGACCAAAGCUGAGAAGUUUGCAACGCGCGGAAGAGGAAAGCGUUUUGUCCAGUACAACCGACGGCAGCUGUCCCGAGUUUACCCCCGAGGACAAAGACUGGACUCCUCCAACUACGACCCUCUGCCCAUGUGGCUCUGCGGCUCGCAACUGGUGGCUCUUAACUUCCAAACUCCAGAUAAGCCCAUGCAGCUGAACCAGGCCCUGUUCAUGCUCAGUGGAGGCUGUGGCUUCGUCCCUCAGCCCGACAUCAUGAGAGACGACUCCUAUGACCCGUUCGACAAAAACUCAGUGCGUGUGGAGCCCAUCACCCUCCAGCUGCAGGUGCUUGGAGCUCGCCAUCUGCCAAAGAACGGCCGCAGUAUCGUCUGUCCGUUUGUGGAGGUGGAGAUCUGUGGAGCGGAGAAGUUGAUCCCCAGGACGGUCCCGGCUCCAGCCGACUACAUCAAUCCCCCGCCUGCCUCCAAAGCCCUGUCUGGGUCAAGUACCCGCUUCCACGUGCCACUCACAGAUAACCACAGGCACAUAGAUCUGCCAGAUUAUCCCGCGGCCUGGAGUUUGUAA